AGCUAUCAAUUUAUAUACUAUUGAUAUUUAAUUUGUUUAGUUUCAGUUUAAUUUGUUACCCAACAGAGAAAUAAUAUUUUAGUCCUUUGGUACAAAUAAUUUUAAAAAUGACCAUUGUAAAAAUUAAUACAAAUGUUCCUUCUUCUGAUAUUGAUGAAAAAUUAUUAGAACAAAGCGUAGAAUCUCUAGCUAAAACUUUUAAAAAACCAAAAUCUAAUAUUUUGGUGUUUGUUAAUGGAGAUCAGCCUAUUAUCUUUGCUGAUUCGGAAGAACCAGCAGCACUUGUAACAAUAUGGAGUGUAGAUGGAAUAAAUGAUGUUGAUAAUAAACUUCACUCGGCUACAUUAUUUCCAUUGCUAGAAAAAUAUUUAAAAGUCAAUGAAGACAGAAUUUCAAUAGCAUUUAAUGCAGUUGAAUCACACAACAUGGGAAUCAAUGGAAAAACUUUCAAUCAAUAAAAUAUUAUCAAAAAUAUAAUAAAAAUUUAUUUUAAAUCACAAAUAUUAAAAUGUAACUUAGUAAUGUAUUUUUAUCACCAUAGUUGAUAAGUAUCUAAUAUUAAUUACAAACUAGGAACUUAUAAUAUGAGAUAUUAUACAUCAUUGACUUGAGAAUAGUAUAUACUAAAAUCAAUGAUUUUAUAGAAUUGAUUAGUAUAUAUAUUUAUCGAUAUGUACUUUUCUUACCCUAUGCCUCAUGUAUUAUCUAUAGGGGAAUAGAGUGCAAUCAGUUUUUUAAUCCAAUAAUACAGUAUAUCGAAAUUAAAAAUUUA